AUGUCGGAGGGUAUUAAGCAAACAUUUGCGCGAUGCAAAGCUGAAAGCCGUCCUGCAUUUGUGACCUUUGUCACAGCUGGAUAUCCCACAGUGGAAGAGUCUGUAGAUGUUAUACUGGGAUUGGAAGCUGGGGGUGCAGAUAUCAUUGAACUCGGUGUUCCUUUCACGGACCCCUUCGCGGAUGGGCCUACCAUUCAGAGCGCAAAUAAUAAAGCGCUAGCGAACAAUGUCACUAUAGACACAACCCUAGGGCUGGUAAGCGAAGCUCGGAAAAGAGGUCUCAGAGCACCGGUGUUACUAAUGGGUUACUACAACCCACUCCUGAGCUAUGGCGAGGAGCGAUUGUUGGAAGAUUGUCGUGAGGGUGGUGUAAAUGGCUUCAUCGUGGUGGACCUUCCCCCGCACGAGGCUGUCAAAUUCAGGAAUUACUGUGCGAAGGGCGGACUGUCAUACGUACCUCUCCUCGCUCCUUUCACUACCGAGAGCCGACUCAAAUUACUCUGCAAGCUCGCGGACUCCUUCGUCUACGUGGUAUCACGUAUGGGCGUCACGGGUGCAACAGCAGUUGGUUUCGGUGUCAGCACAAGAGACCACUUCUUGACUGUAGCCAGUAUCGCAGAUGGUGUCGUCAUCGGCAGUCAAAUUAUCACAACUUUGACCGAGGCCGCUCCUGGAGAGCGGGCCAAAGCUGCUGAGGAAUACUGCGCCGCGAUCUGUGGAAGGAGAAACUUGCCAGCGAAUGGAGUCCAAGAGCCAAACGGUACCGUGAAGGUGAAUGGAACCAAUCAUACAAAUGGCGAAAAGGCAGAAGUGCUUGAUAAAAUGGAGGCAAUGGUGGGUUCAGAGGGAGGAGAUCCAGAACUCUUUUCUGCGCGCUUUGGUGAAUUUGGAGGCUCAUAUGCCCCCGAAUCACUAAUGAGAUGCCUUUCAGAAUUGGAGGCAGGAUUUGAUAAAAUUCGGAAUGACCCCGAGUUUUGGGCAGAAAUGCGAUCAUACUACUCCUAUAUUGGAAGGCCUGGGCAUCUUCAUCUCGCAGACCGCCUUACUGAAUAUGUUGGCGGAGCCAAUAUUUGGUUAAAGCGUGAGGAUUUGAACCACACUGGAAGUCAUAAGAUCAACAGCGCUCUAGGGCAGAUUCUGCUGGCCCGCCGCUUGGGCAAGACUGAGAUCAUUGCUCAAACCGGUGCUGGCAUGCACGGCGUAGCAACUGCCACAGUCUGUGCCAAAUUCAACAUGAAGUGCACAAUCUUCAUGGGAGCAGAGGAUGUCAGGAGACAGGCACUGAAGGUGUUCCGGAUCAAGCUACUUGGUGCUGAGGUCAUCCCUGUUGAGCAAGGCUCACGAACUCUUCGAGACGCCGUGAACGAAAGUUUCCGAGUUUGGAUUACAAGGGUGGACACCGCCUAUCACAUUAUCGGUUCAGCAAUUGGUCCACACCCCUUUCCCACGAUCGUGCGCGAGUUCCAGACUGUCCUUGGAGAGGAGACGAAGGCACAACUGCUGGAACAACGAAACAAAGUACCGGAUGAGGUUGUUUCCUGCAUCGGCGGGGGCAGUAAUGCAAUAGGAAUGUUUUAUCCGUUUAUUAAAGAUCCAAGCGUGAAGCUUUUGGGAGUCGAAGCCGGGGGCGACGGCCUUGAUACGAAGAAGCAUGCCGCUAGUCUAACUGGCGGCAGUAAGGGGGUCUUGCAUGGGAGUAGGACAUAUGUGCUGCAGGAUAAGCACGGACAGAUCCAAGAUACCCAUUCCAUCUCAGCUGGUCUGGACUAUGCUGGCGUUGGGCCGGAGCUGAGUUCUUGGAAAGACUCGGGACGCGCAAAAUUCAUUGCCGUUACCGAUGCUCAAGCCCUCCUGGGGUUCAAGCUGCUCAGUGAGUUGGAGGGGAUCAUUCCCGCUCUCGAAUCUGCUCAUGCUAUCUAUGGCGGUGUUGAGAUGGCCAGGACGAUGAAGGAAGACGAAGAUGUUGUGAUCUGUGUUAGUGGAAGAGGUGACAAGGAUGUGCAAAGCGUAGCGGAUGAACUACCCAGACUUGGACCACAAAUUGGAUGGGACUUGAGGUUCUAA